AGGAGGAUCUUCAGAACGAGCUUCCGGAAAAACCUGGAUGAAUAUGGCUGACUUCAUGAAGAUGUACAAGAAGAAGCAAGGAAAUGCUCCUCAGAAAAAUUACACCAGUCAGGAGGAGCUUCUGAAGGACCUGAAGAAAUUGGCAAAGUGUCUGAAGAUCCGGGAAGGAUCAAAAUUGAAGCCUGAAAAGUUUUUCCGGGGUCUGCUUCCGGAGUAUCCAGCUGAACCGGGGUAUCUGGAGAAGAAGUAUGGAAGUGCUUUGAAGACUUCCAAAGGAGGUUCAGGAAAACUUCCGGAAGAAAGACUUCAUGCUUGGAAUAUGCAAGGCUCUAAAGAGGUUCUUGCCGAACCUGUGGAAUCUAUCCGGAACGCUCCAAAUGCCUCAGUGGGAGAGAUUUUGGAGGAACUUAUUGAAAGGGAUGAGGAUUCCAGGGCUGAAGGUCCUGUAGCUUCAGAGAAAGAUACUGUAGAUCGUCUGUUUAACGAGGAUUCGGAAAUGCAAACAGGAGAUACCCCAGGGACCCCAGGCAAUGUCCAAAGCUCUAAAGGGCUUCCGGAAGAAUCUGUAGAGUCUGUACAAUCUAUCCGGAAGAUCCGGAAUGCUCCAAAUGCUUCAAUGGGAGAAAUUUCGGCGGAAGUUAUUGAAAGGGAUGAGGAUUCCAGGACUGAAGAUCCUGCAGCUUCAGAGGAAGAUACUGUAGAUCGACUCUUUAACGAGGAUUCGGAAAUGCAAACAGGAGAUACCCCAGGUAAUGUCCAAAGCUCUAAAGGGCUUCCGGAAGAAUCUGUAGAGUCUGUACAAUCUAUCUGGAAGAUCCGAAAUGCUCCAAAUGCCUCAGUGGGAGAGAUUUCAGAGGAACUUAUUGACAGGGAAGAGCAUUCCAGGACUGAAGAUCCUGCAGAUUCAGAAGAAGACACUGUAGAUCGGCUGUUUAACGAGGAUUCGGAAAUGCAAACAGGAGAUACCCCAGGCAAUGUCCAAAGCUCUGAAGGGCUUCCGGAAGAACCUGUGGAACCUGUAGGCCCUGUCCGGAAUGCUCCAAAUGCCUCAAUGGCAGAAAUUUCGGUGGAUUCCAGGGCUGAAGAUCCUGCAGAUUCAGAAGAAGACACUGUAGAUCGGCUGUUUAACGAGGAUUCGGAAAUGCAAACAGGGGAUACCCCAGGCAAUGUCCAAAACUCCGAAGAGCUUCCGGAAGAAUCUGUAGAGUCUGUACAAUCUAUCCGGAAGAUCCGGAAUGCUCUGGGAGAGACUUCCAAGGAAUUUAUCGACAACGAAGAUCUUUCAAGAGCUAGAAGCUCUUUUUCAGGAACCAUUCCGAAAAUCCAAUCCGAAAAGGUCGCCCCAAGGUCAGGAGGAUCUUCAGAACGAGCUUCCGGAAAAACCUGGAUGAAUAUGGGUGACUUCAUGAAGAUGUACAAGAAGAAGCAAGGAAAUGCUCAGAAAAAUUACACCAGCCAGGAGGAAUUUCUGGAGGACCUGAAAAAAUUGGCAAAGUGUCUGAAGAUCCGGGAAGGAUCAAAAUUGAAGCCUGAGAAGUUUUUCCGAGGUCUGCUUCCGGAGUAUCCGGCUGAACCGGGGUAUCUGGAGAAGAAGUACGGAGGUUUUCUGAAGAAAUCAUCAUCGAAGGCUGAAGGAAGUCCAACAGAAGAGCCAGAGACGGUUUCUGAGGAAUCUCAGAAUUCUUCGAGUAGCUUCUGCAGUGAUGAGACAGUAAUCUUCAGGCCACUGUGUAUCCUUCCGGAAAGCGAGGAGCUGUCUGAUUCAAAUUAAAACGGAUAAUUUCGAAUCAAUUGAAAUUCCCUACCUUCCGGCGCAGAUCAUCUGAGUGAGAAGAGUGAGAGAGACGGAGAGUGAAUUAGUGAUAAAGAGUGUGGAGUCGCCGGGGGAGAUCCGAAGAGUUGGCCUUCAUUUCACGUUCUCUGGCUGAUUGAGCGAGAACAUCGCGGCAGUGUGUCAAAUUGAGUAUUAAAGAAGGGUGUCAGGAAGUUUCUAGUCUGUGAAAAUGAUGGCUUUCCGAGUGCGCAAUGUCCUGCAGAUCAGUGGAUGUGUCCUGCAGAGGAAUAUGUCCAGUGGAGCUGGCAAACGUGUAGGAUUCAUCGGCCUGGGCAACAUGGGUGGUCAUAUGGCGAGCAAUCUUAUCAAAAAGGGCCACAAACUCAAUGUAUUCGACAUUUCGGCCCCAGCUUGCGAAGCCCUCAAAGCCAAGGGCGCCACUGUUAGCAAGAGCUAUCAGGAUGUGGCCAAAUCGUCAGACUUUGUCGUGACGAUGCUGCCAAACAACGAUAUCGUCUCCGAGACGUACAAGGAGAUGGUAUCGUCCGGCGUCAACAGCAGCACCAUCUUCAUUGACUCCAGCACCAUCGAUCCCAUGGUGGCGCAGGCUGUGCAGAAAGUGGUGAAGGGUCAGGGAGCCACCUUUGUGGACGCUCCGGUAUCCGGAGGAGUUCCAGGGGCUGCUGCAGCCACAUUGACUUUCAUGGUGGGGGGGACAGAAGCUGAGUACGAAGCUGUCAAAGGACUUUUGGAGGGAAUGGGCCAGAAGAUCACUCACUGCGGAGGUUACGGAAUGGGUCAGGCGGCCAAGAUUUGCAACAACAUGAUGCUGGGCAUUUCCAUGGUGGGUCUGUCUGAGGUCAUGAACCUGGCUAUUCGCCUGGGAUUGGACCCAAAGACCUUCGGAGACAUUGUCAACUCUUCCACGGGAAGAUGCUGGUCCUCAGAGGUCUACAGCCCCGUUCCCGGAUUGGUGGCAACAGCUCCGGCCAAUUUUGACUACGCCGGCGGUUUUGCCACAAAUCUCAUGACCAAGGAUUUGGGAUUGGCCAGUGGAGUGGCCACAUCGUCAAAUACCCCAAUUCCACUGGGAGCAAUGGCCCACCAGGUCUACAGGACAGUAAUGGCACAUGGACUGGGAGACAAGGACUUUUCUGUGGUCUAUGACUUCCUGAGGAAUCAGCAGGAGAAGAAAUGAACGCCACCACCAUCGGAUUUCCCCCACAGAAAACACUCGAAAGAAAAGCUUUAAAGCCAUGCAUUUAACAUUUUUCCUCUAAAAUGAAUUUCCUCUGAUUUUUUCUUUUUGUGAAAUAAAGUUCUUAUAAAAUCUGUUA